AAAUAUUUUUGUUUAUUCGUUAACUCUGAACUGAUGAAUUCACCUCCUUUGAUUUCACCUUAUAUACAACGAAAGGGUUCUGCCACUGGGGGGACUAAAACUCCAAGGCGUCCAAAGGCCACAAAAUCACAUACUGCGCCUCCAAUCGCGGGUGGUCGAGUCACAAAACGUAAUAGUGUUAGUAAUGCUACGAAAACUGGAAAAAGCGAUACUUCUACACGGGGCACCGGCAGAGGUGGUAGAGGUGGUAGAGGUGGUAGUACCCGUGGUCGUAAACCAAGUCUACAACGUCAACAAUCUUCUGGGUCUCUUAUGUUAGAACAUUUAGAUGGUACUAGUGCUCAUUCAGUCGCAACAACUUCUGCUUCAAAUGUCACUCCUUCAACUCCUAGAGAUUUCGCUCCACAAACUCCCGGUGAAGAAAUUGAUCAAUAUAUUAGGCGGGAUGAAGAAAUAACCGAUACUGAUUUUGAAAAAUCGAAUAAAGAUCGUGCUCAAAUGCGUUCGCGAGUCUAUGAACAACACAAUAUGUUGCUAAAAGCUUUCUCGAAAGAGCAAACUGAACGAUUUGAAGUGUACAGACGUUCGGCUUUGAGUAAACCAAAUGUCAAAAAGUUGGUAAGUGCGCUGGACAUUAAAAAAGAGUGGGGUUCAGAAGGUCCACUUUCACCUGAUCAUAUACGAGAAGCAUUUAGAAGAUACAAACAGGAAAUGGGAUUCACUUGUCAUAAUUAUCAAAAAAGGCUAUUGCGACAUUAG